UAUUUUGUUAACCUACGUUAAAUAAGCACGCCACUAAAGCCCAGCGGUUAGAGAACCGGCGACAUCUGUCAUUUCCGGCCGUUCUAGAAAGGCCCGCGAAGGUUGCUCGAUAGGUCUUAGGCUCGCCGUUGCUUGUACCCGGUUAAUGGCUUGACGUUGCGUGAUGCUAACGGGUCGACCAGUAGCGCAGCUAGCAUGAUGAUGCUCCAGCAUGGCUCCACGCAGCUCCUCUGCCUCACGGCCAGCAGCGGGGUCCCCCUCUUCACCAGGGGGGCCUCCAAACAGCUGCCGUUCUCCGUCAUCGGCUCCCUGAACGGCGUCCACAUGUUCGGCGCCGGUCAGGGGGUGGAGUUGUCCUGCUGUGAGACCGAAGGUGGGGGCAAGGUGGUGUGGAGAGUCUUCCAGGACAGCGUGAUGCUCAUCGCCGUGAGCGGGGGUGGACGAGGCGGUGCAGGCGUCGGCAAAGCGGAGGAGCUGCGUCUGCGGCGCCUCCUGGAGAACGCGUGGAGCUGCAUGGUGCUGGUGCUGGGGCAGGAUGAGCUGACGGAUGUCAGGAAUGUGGAGAGGCUCAAGAGGGACUUGCGGUCUUGCUUCACCCUGGUUGAUCAGCUGCUGGAGGACAGGCAGGAGGGCAUCCUGGGUAACCUGACCCACUGCGUCGACUCGCUGCUGCCCCCCGACCCCACCAUCCUCCAGGAGGCCGUGGACGGCUUCGCUCAGGCGGCGGAGAGUGAAUUUGGCUGCCUCCUCGUCCGUGGGCGGGUCGCCUCGGCAACCGAGAAGUGGUGGCGCCUCGCUCCGCAGGAGGUGGUGCUGCUCUCGGCUCUGAUGCGGACCCUCUCGGCCUCGGGCUCGGCCUCGUGCGAUUAUCCGGUUUUCCUUCCUAAGGGCAGUCCCACCGUGGCCCACCGCCUGCUCCGCUUCCAGCUGCUCCCUGGGGCAGACGUGUGCGUGCUGUGCGGCCCAACGCCUUCCCUGCACAAGGCCGAGAGCAGGCUGGUGGGUGCUUUCUGGACACCCUUGGCGGAGACCCUGAGAGGCUGCCUGGCCAUCGGAGAGCAGUGCUUACCGGGGUCUGUGUCCCUGCGUCCUGACCUGCUGGCGGUUCUCCUCAUCAACCGGGAAACCCGUCGCUCGGUCUCCCUGGUGCGCCCGUCCACCGCUCAUCCUCUCGGUGAUUCGCCCUCCAAGGCCCGCUGCUGGGAGCUCCUGAGGCUCUUCUACGUCUUCAGCACCACACACUACUUCACGCAGGAGGAGACGUCGUCCGCCUCCCCGGAGGAGAGGCCUCAGAGGGGUCACAAUGAGGACUUUGUCCUUGGAUUCUCCCAUCAGCCGCUGCAGUGCUAUCUGGUCACAGAUGAGUGCAAGAGCUUUGGACUUCAGACACCACAGCACCAGCUCUUCCUGCUCGUCCCCCCGUCUGUGCCCAGCUUUGCACUGCGUACGUUGGCCACGCAGACUCUCUCUGAUAUAGUUGCUGCCACUGGGUUCUAAUGAAACCAUUUACUUUGUUACAUCUUAAAUUUCAUUGAAACCAUCUGCGACCUCAUAACGUACCAGGUAUUUAUUUAAAUGAGAAUGAGCUGCUCCUUAGAUGUCUCAUAUCUUUAUUGAGAAACAGCAAACAUGUAUAAUUCCGUGUUUGCUAACAUCUAGAGGCGUAAAAGUCAGCUUCCUAACAGAAAAUGGAUAACGUACCACUUGUUCAAGUUUGCUGUAAGGUUAUCACUGUUAACGUAUGACUGGGGAUCUUUAGUAGUGCUCAUGUAAAUAAUUGAAAAUUUCAUACCAAACCACUUGUUUUGCGUUUAAGAGAUAAGUCACUUGUGUCUGACUCCACUGGCUUCAAGGCUGUUCCUGUAAUGACAGAUAGUGAAUACUAAUAUUGUGCUGACACUACUUCAAAAUGUGUCAGAGAAUACUGUGAAAAUGUUACACUGGGAUAGAUAAGUGCCUGCUGCUUUCUGUGUAGACUUUUCAAUAAUUUGGCUACAAACAUAAAGCAACUAUUCUGCUGA